CAUUUAAUCACGUCUAGCCCAAUAUGGAUACUUCCAGCAGCAAGACACCCGUCAAACUCGCAAAGGUAAGCAUCAGAUCAAUCAGGAGAUUAUUUGAAGGAGAUCGACAGACAGGUUGAGGGUAGAUGCGAGACGUAGAGAUGAAGGAUGUAUGGAAAGGGAAGAGGAGAUGAAAAAGAGAAAUCGACAGAUUAGUGGUACAGAUGUGAAUCUUGCGCACAUGGUAUACGGAGACGACACUCGAAUUGCGAACAUGACUUCGACCAACAAAAGCGAUGUAAAGGAAUGCUGCAUCAGAUGAAACGACUUCUAAAUUCUAAAGGAACAAGGAUAGACCUUACCCAUACUCGAAUGGUAACGAUACCUUUCAUCGCUCUACAUCUCUCUUCCUCGAUCGAAUCACCCGCAUCUGUUUCUUCGGUGCAAUCUCGUCGUGGAUUGGCAACUGUCACCGAUGCACCAAAGAAGACCCAUGGUGGCCUACGUGAUCAAGACAGAAUCUUCACCAAUGCAUACAUGAGACACGACCAUCUACUCAAAGGAGCAUUAAAGAGAGGAGAUUGGCACAAAACAAAAGAGAUCAUUCUUAAAGGACAUGAUUGGAUCAUCUCUCAGAUGAAGGCUUCCGGUAUGCGUGGUCGUGGUGGUGCUGGUUUCCCUUCUGGUUUGAAAUGGUCUUUCAUGUUGAAGCCUGGAUGGGAGAAAGAUACAAGACCGCGUUAUCUAGUCAUCAAUGCAGAUGAAGGUGAACCAGGAACAUGCAAAGAUCGUGAAAUCAUGCGUGGUGACCCACACAAAUUGAUCGAAGGUUGUUUGGUUGCCGGUCGUGCAAUGGGUGCAAAUGCUGCUUAUAUCUACGUUCGUGGUGAAUUCUACUUGGAAGUUGCUCAUUUGCAAGAAGCUGUUAAUGAAGCAUACAAGGCAGGUUUGAUCGGAAAGAAUGCAUGCGGAAGUGGAUAUGACUUUGACGUUUACGUUCACAAGGGUGCAGGUGCUUACAUUUGUGGUGAAGAGACUGCAUUGAUCGAAUCAUUGGAAGGCAAACAAGGAAAGCCACGUCUUAAGCCACCAUUCCCAGCUGAUGUUGGUUUGUUCGGUUGCCCAACUACUGUUGCCAAUGUGGAGACUGUCGCAGCCGCACCAACUAUCAUCCGUCGUGGUCCUGAAUGGUUCGCUGGCUUUGGUCGUGACAAGAACCAAGGAACGAAACUAUUCGCUAUCAGUGGACAUGUCAACAACCCAUGCGUUGUUGAAGAAGAGAUGGGUAUCCCAUUGAAGGAAUUGAUCGAAAGACAUUGCGGUGGUGUUAGAGGUGGAUGGGACAACCUAUUGGGUAUUGUUCCUGGAGGUUCAUCCGUCCCAAUUCUACCCAAGGACAGAUGUGAGACUGUUUUGAUGGACUUUGACUCUUUGAAAGAUGCACAAUCUUCUUUGGGAACAGGAGCAGUUAUUGUGAUGGACAAGAGUACAGAUGUGAUCAAAGCGAUUUCUAGAUUUGCUAAAUUCUACGCUCACGAAUCUUGCGGUCAAUGCACACCUUGCCGUGAAGGAACUACAUGGAUGAAGAAUAUGAUGUCGCGUAUGGAAGAAGGAAGAGCAGAUUGGCGUGAAAUUGAUCAAUUGUUGGAAAUCACCAAACAAGCUGAAGGUCACACGAUUUGUGCUUUGGCUGAUGCAGCUGCAUGGCCAAUUCAAGGUCUUUUGCGUCACUUCCGCCCUGAGAUUGAAGAACGUAUUGCACAAUACCAAGAGAAGAACGGAGCUGUUUUGUACGGUGGAAGAUUGGCAAAGGAUGUCAGACCUGAUCUAGCUUUGCCUCCCAACAUUGCUUCUCCGAUUUCAAGCAAGCAAUUGCCAUAAAAUCGUGAAGGUUUUCGUACUCUUGUUUUUAUCAUACAUCAUCUCUAGCAUAUAUCUCAGUAUUAUUUCUUUCAAGAUCAAUGACAUACUAUAUAAUCUCAAUGUGCCGAGUAUUUUUUUCCAUAAGCAUGAUGCAAAUUAAAGCGGUGAGUUGAUGAUUGCUGGUAUGUUAUACAUGUUUUAGGUGUUGUUCUAGAGCUGCUGUCUUUGUUCUUCUAGCUUUUUGACGAUGAGCAUGGAAGAGUCCAAGAAUCUGUAAAGAGGUAGAAGUCAGCAAAAUCGAUCUUUUGCAUUACUUUCAUUAUAAGGACACUCACCUAGCCACGCAAUUUGACAAGCAUGCUUCUUCUCCACGUCCGAAACGAGAUCCGAUCGAGCCUG